GCGGCGUUGAAAGAGCUUUACAUUUACGUAACAAAAUAUAGGGAUCAGAUCAUAGAUUCGCUCGAUAUGGAUAUACACGCGAAGAAGAUGCAUUUAAUACAUAAACUUGAGAAUGUUGCCUGCACUUUGGAAGACACAAACCGGUGAGGUAAAAUUUUGGUCGAUGAGGCGGUUUUUGCAAUCAUCAUUUGAAAAGACAUUAUUUAAAAAGAUUGCAGACAUGGCUAGUGCUUCUGCCGACACAAAACAGUUUCCCCUUGUCCCUAAGAUUAUAAAUGGUGGUAUUGCUGGCAUCAUCGGUGUUUCGUGUGUUUUUCCUUUAGAUUUGGUUAAAACAAGACUACAAAAUCAGCAGGUUGGCCCAAAUGGCGAACGAAUGUACAAAUCGAUGUUUGAUUGUUUCAAAAAGACAUACAAAGUGGAAGGAUAUUUUGGAAUGUAUCGUGGUUCUGCCGUCAAUAUUUUACUUAUAACUCCAGAGAAAGCAAUUAAACUAGCUGCUAAUGAUUUCUUCCGACAUAAUCUCAGAACAAAAGAUGGACAAUUACCCAUUACGCGUCAAAUGGCUGCAGGUGGCUUGGCAGGACUGUGUCAAAUCGUAAUAACAACACCGAUGGAGCUUUUGAAAAUCCAAAUGCAGGAUGCUGGGCGGUUAGCUGCACAAGCAAAAGAAGCAGGCAAAACUUUGCCAAAAACAUCAGCUACUCAGAUAGCUCUGGAAUUGAUCAAAACAAAGGGUAUUACGGGACUGUACAAAGGUACCGGUGCCACCAUGUUGCGAGAUGUGUCGUUUUCAGUUGUCUACUUCCCGCUAUUCGCAACGCUCAACGAUCUUGGCCCACGUAAAGCGGACGGCUCCGGAGAAGCAGUGUUUUGGUGUUCCUUCUUGAGUGGUUGUGCAGCUGGUUCAUUAGCGGCUUUGGCAGUGAAUCCGUUUGAUGUCAUCAAAACUCGACUUCAGGCACUUAAAAAGGCAGAAGGUGAAAUGCAAUUCAACGGUGUAGCUGACUGCAUCAAAAAAACUUUUGUCAGUGAAGGACCUAAAGCAUUUUUCAAAGGUGGACUUUGCCGUAUGAUUGUCAUAGCUCCGUUGUUUGGUAUAGCACAGAUGGUAUACUUCUUAGGAGUAGCUGAAUCAAUUCUUGGUAUUAAGCAAACAAAAGUUUAAAUGUCAAUUCUUGUUAUAGUCCGUGCCGAAUACAUGCUUAAAAAGAAGAAAACAAUAUGCAGAAAAAUCAAUUAGAUAGUACUAUCCAGGAAACGGAACUAAUGACUUUGCCAAUAAUUUAAUAGAUGAAUAAUAUUCCUAAACCAGCAUUUCAAAGAAAUGUAUUGCAUGUUAAUGUCAAUAUGUGUUUCGAAACCCUAAUUGCAUUGCCACAUAAAGUGGAAGUAGAACUACUGUUAAUUGAACAACUGUAAAAGCAGAGCUAAUAUAUAGUUUAUUGGUAUUUCAACGAAAUUGAUUACGAGGUAUUAAAUGGUAGAACUCGUCCAUAAUUGGAAAAAUCACUGUGUAUUAUUUACCAUAUGUAGAUGUGUGCCUGCAAACGUUAUAAACGUGAUCGAUGCUGACAAUAAAAGUGUAGCCCCAAGCUUCAAUUGA